UGUUUCGAGCGUUUCGAGUGCGCUGUCUCUCGCUGCUUCAUCUAGAUGCUGUUUUGUUUUCAGUGAAAGACGCUUCCCGCUGCAGAUUCUCGUAAGAUUCCAUUGGAAAGUUAAGUUUUAUUCGGAAAAUGUUUGGGGAUUACAAGGAGGAACCACCGUUGGAAAUGAGCUUUCAGGAUGUUGGAGAUCUUCCGAGCGCCGGCCCCAGCCGGUAUCGGAAGCGACGUAUGUCAGCAGGUAAAAGUCCCGGGUUGCGGCUUCCGGAAGUGACGGAAUCUUCUAUCGAGGACAUGAACCGACUGCUGCAACAAUGGGGCUUGGAGGCUCUCUCCGAUAGAUUCGCCGAGCAUUUGAUUGACCUGAACGUGUUGGACUAUAUUCUGGAUGUUGAUAUCGUUGAUUUGUGCCGUGAUUUGCCGAUUCGGUACAGGCUAGUUUUGCGGCACAACAUCCAAAAUGGAUACCAUAAAAAUAUCAUCAUUGGCGAUCAAUCAGGCAAACGACCACAUACAGUUAUUACUUUCUCCAAAGACACCGGCGCCUUUGAUUCCGAUUCUCCGGAUAGACGUAAACGUAAGAAGAAGAAAAAUACGGCAGAUCCGAUGAUGUUCGACACCUUGGGAAGCGACAUUGAACCUUCCAGUUUCCUAGCGGAAGAAACACCCGCCAAUCAUAAUGACACUUCCGGAACGGAGUCCGUUAAAGAGGAUGCGUCAAUUCGUUCCAUUCUCAUCAAGGAGCCGAAAUUCCGAUCCAUACUGAACUACCUGGACAAGGGUCUUGUUCCAGAUGCUACGGGUUUGCGCUACAUGAAUAGACUAGUGGUAAACCACUUUUUCGAGGAGCGCAUACUGGAGGAGUCCAGCUACCCUAAGAAACAGGAAAAACAUGCAUUAGCUUUGAAAAUUCUGGAAGCAUUUCCGCAGCUGGAGAAAACACGCGUCACGCCAGAUGCUCCAAAAGAGUCAUACUUUUUCUGGAUUUGCGGUGGCAAAGAUAAGGGACCCCACACAGGUCUGAUCGAAACACGUACGGCAAACAUGCGGAAGGAAGUACCUCCAGAGCAGCGACGCUAUCAAAGAAAGGAAAAAGGAACGGUCGUCAACUACAUUCUACCCGACAGUAUUCGUGAGCAUGCAACAACCAUCGCCUCUUUGGAACCACUGCCCUCCAACGAAGAAGCAAUUUCAAAUGGUAUGAAUGAAUGUAUCGACCUUCACUCGUGCAUUCUUCAGCAGGGCGAUUCGGACCUAACCGAAGCAUUGGUAUCUACGUUUCCACAUCUGCUUUCCUAUCGUGGAAAAAUGGUACAACAAAUUUUCCAGCGUCUACAUACCUACUACGAAUCUACAGCCCGAUCGGAUAAGUUUUUGCUCCUGGGAUUACUGAUAGAUACAAAAAGCUUCAACAAUGUUGAGAACAAAUACAUCAGAGCCACUCUCAGAAUCCUGAAAAAGUUGACCGUGUCUGGUAAAAAGAACGAGUCUGGCGAAUCGUCUUCCGAAGAGGCUGAAGCCGCACCCCUAAUCAGAUGGAUAAAGCCCAAGGAAGGUGAACAGGAUGUUCAAGCCGUACAACGACACGUUUCAGCACUAUCGUACCUCGCUCCACAUAUCGUGUGUGUGGCAGACGUUUUCAAAAAAGGGGACAUGUUCGUAGUAUUUCAGGGAAAAUACAUUGCAUGUGGAAAAUCAGCCGCUCACACUUUGGAUGUGUUUUUCAAAAUAUUUGCCGUAUUCGGUAUUCCUGUUCCAGUGUUGCUCAGAAAGAUACACGAACUGCUGAUGGUGUAUCUGUGGAAAGUGACGAGCACAUGUAAAAGCGUCGCCGUUACAAAGCUCAUGGGUAAGCUGAAGGAGCUGGAAAUGUCUAACGAUGAAGAUGACUAUGAAGAUGCGGACGACCUGUCUUAGGAUUAGGAAAUGAAAUGCUUUAUGAAACGUUGACUGAUCUGCUGUAAAUGUUAAAAACAAAUAAAACCACUGACAAAGAGAUAAGCCAA